AACAUCGUGUCGUCAGAAGUCUGCGUUGACAUGUCGCGCUCCGCGUUCGUUUGUUCUGAACCCGGUGGCGAAAACGAAACUGCGUCAUUGUUUUGCGACAGUUCUUGUUAAAAGACAGGAAGCAACAGGGCGGCGGAGUCCGGAGGGAAACUUGUGGCUGUCGCGGGGAAAGUUGUCAUCGGGUGGGAAAACGGCCGCCCUCGUCGCUAGCUUUAGCCGAGGCUAACCGUGGUGUCGUCGGGGGUUUAUCGGCCGGGGUUAAAGAGUACGUGCGGCGGGGAGAGGAGCCACCGGAGCCCCGGGGGGGAGAUCCAGAGCCGGAGGGGAGGAGGAGGAGGAGGAGGCGGUGAAGGUGAAGCGGCGUCACAGGCUGAUGUCUGCGCUGUGACGUGACGGAGGUUGACGUCCAUGACACCUCAGAUAUGGAUUACAAGGUUGUGUUUGCAGCCUUGGAGACGGUGUGUGAAGACAACUUUUCUGCCUUGUGUGGACCCUCUGAUUUACCGUACGGCACUGUCGCCAAGCGCCUGGUCACAUGUUUGAGAGAAAUUCAGGAGCACGGCCACGCGCUGGAGCCUGUGGUCGCCAGCCUCACCGCCGUUUACCACCACUACGACUUUGACGCACAAACACCUGGGAACGGCUACCGCACCCUGGUCAAAGUCUUGCACGCCUGCAUUUUGCACAUCAUACACAAGGGCCGUUACAUUGCCGACAACUGCAACGGUGCCUUCUUCAGGGCCGAGCACAAUGCGUCUGAGAUGGAGGCGUACUGCAGCGCCCUGUGCCAGCUGCGUGCCCUGGUCCACCUCGCCCAGCGGCUGAUCAACGACAACGAAUGCGGCCAGCUGUACUCCCAGCAGGACGGGGACCUGACCCGCAGGUUUGUGCAGGAGUACAGCUCCAUGCACAAGGCGUGUUUCUACGGACGCUGUCUUGGCUUUCAGUUCUCUCCAGCUCUUCGUCCAUUCCUCCAGACUGUUGUCAUAAGCAUGAUAUCAUACGGAGAGACGUACGGUAAACAGCAGUCACGGUUUGGUAUGGCGGCCCUGUCUCUCCUCACAUCAGGGAAGUACGUCAUUGAUCCAGAGAUGCGGGGCACUGAGUUUGAACGCAUAACCCAGAACCUGGAUUUACAUUUCUGGAAGUCUUUCUGGAACCUCACAGAGUCCGGCCUUAUAACAGGUUUAAACAGAAUAGCUUCUAACACAGUGCAGGUGAACCUCACCUUGACUGUGCCUCCUCUCCCUCUACGCCUUCCUCUGGCCUCAGACCCAAAUCUAACGGCCACUGUGUCGCCUCCAAUCGCUCACUCGGGCCCCGGGCCUGUCCACAUGCGACUGAUCUCCUAUGAGCUUCGAGAAGGACAAGACAGUGAGGAGCUGCUGGCUUUUUCCCGAACUGACCCUCAUCCCAUCACCGCGUCUCAUCUCCCCUGGGUACAGAAGCUGCCUCAUUCACCCUGGCUGCUCAUCCACUUCCACGGAGGAGGUUUUGUAGCCCAGACAUCCAGAUCUCAUGAGAGUUAUCUUCGGAGCUGGUCGAAGGAGCUGAACGUCCCCAUCCUGUCUGUCGACUACUCUUUGUCACCUGAAGCGCCUUUUCCCAGAGCUCUGGAGGAGUGUUUCUACGCCUACUGCUGGGCACUGAAAAACUGUCACCUCCUGGGCUCCACAGCGGAGCGAGUUUGUCUGGCGGGGGACAGUGCUGGAGGAAACCUCUGCAUCACUGUGUCCAUGAAGGCCAUGACCUGCGGCAUCCGAGUCCCUGACGGCAUGAUGACCGCCUACCCCGCCACCCUGCUCACCACAGACGCCUCGCCCUCUCGCCUGCUCACACUCAUCGACCCACUGUUGCCUUUAGGUGUUCUUGCCAAGUGCCUCAAUGCCUAUGCAGGUAUAGACUAUCACACGGUGCAGCCUGCAGUGGGAAGCAACAGUCUGAGCACUCUGGGCAGAGACACAGCCGUGCUGCUCGGUGAUCUCACCCAGGGAGCCUCCAACUGGAUCCACUCAUUUCUGGACCCCAUGCUGAGUUCAGGUGGAGCCCACUCCCAGUCGCCGUUAGAGAGGAGGUCCCAGAGCAGUGAAACCCGCAGGACAUCAACUCGCACCUCCACGCAAACAUCUGGGGAUCACGUGGUUUACCCACAGGGCUUUGAGCCCCUGCGUGCCGAGUGCCUGGCUGUUGUUCACCAGACCUCCUCUCCUGUUUUUAGGAACCCCUUUGUGUCACCUUUACUGGCUCCGGACAACAUGCUGAGAGGUCUGCCGCCUGUAUACAUCGUGGCCUCUGCUCUGGACGCCUUGCUGGAUGACUCUGUGAUGUUUGCCAAGAAACUGCGAGACAUGGGCCAGCCCGUGAGUCUGACGGUGGUGGAAGACCUGCCUCAUGGCUUCCUCAGCCUCGGACAGCUCGCCAAGGAGACGGAGGUCGCUACAGAAAUCUGCGUUGCGCGAAUUAGGGAGAUUUUUGAGCAAGAAAACCCAACGCCUGCUCUUCGCAGUCGGCCAAAGCGGGAAGUGGCGUAACAGAGAAUCAAACCAUGACCUAUUUAUCUGUCAUUCCAGCUGUUUUUGGAUAAAGAAGAGAACUGACGUUUUGUUGUGCAAUAAGUUAAAGGAAACAAAUCAGGGAGAAUAAUGAAGAUGCACCAAAAACUGAAGGAAGCUUAGAGGGAAACUGCACUUGAAACUUACACUGCACAACGAAAAAAGAGAGCCACUAAAACUUUUAACUUUCUACAUCUAUAAUCUAAAAUGAUCUGAUAUGAUGACAGAAAUGAAAGUAGUAUUUUUCUAUUAAGAUUUCCAUGUUGAAGAAGCAGAUUAAACGCACAUUUAUAAUUUUACAAGCUGACUAAAACAAAAAGAUCACUAUAACCAGCACUGGUUGAGAUACAUAUCAGUAACAGAAGCUGUUGUGCUUGAAUUUAAAGCAUUGCUGUAUUUGCAUAUGACCAAAGUUAAAGGUUAACUUGAACAGAGAACACUUUUCCGAUGUGUUGUAUUGUUAUUAUAUAAUUUAGAUAAAUAGUUUUACCUGGUUUUGCCAGUUUGUCACAUGUUUACAGCGUUUUGAUGAGGAGGCCUUUACCUUGUGUUUACCGGCAGUAUGUGGAUGUGACUUGUUCUACUGUAAAUUCAUUCUUUAUAUCUCUUAUUAUAAAUAUUUAACACAGUUUAUUUAAAACCUGUAUUAAAUCAAAACUCCAAA